AUGAAUAAAUUCGCCGUGUUCUUGUGUUUGUUUAUGUUCUUGAUGGUUACCUCCUCGCAAACCAAUCAAGGUGAAAGAAAGGUCUACAUCGUUUACCAAGGAGCAUUGCCGCCAAACAGCGACUACGACACUGUUAUAUGUCGCCAUUACUCAUUGCUUCAUAGUGUCCUCGGAGAAAGUUACGACCCGAGCCUAAUUGUCAGACACUACGCGAGGAGCAUUAAUGGAUUCGCCGCGUUGCUCACUGAGGAGGAAAGCAAGAAGCUCUCAGCGAUGCCCAAAGUUGUUUCGGUAUUCCCGAACCGGAAGCUAAUACUCCACAAGGACAUAGACGCGGACAGUGUCAUUGACUUGGGACUCAAGACUCAACAAAAUUUGGCUCCCUUGUGA